AUGCUCAAUGAGGCUCGUGUCUUUCAACAGAGCUUUUUCUUCUUUUUCUUCGGCCUGCGUCAUGGGUGCUUGGCGGACGAGAACGGCUGCAGCAAAGUUUUCUUCUUCGACGAAUUUCUUCUUUGCACGAGACAGAAGGCUUCGCUUCUCCUCCAGAUUUCAGCUCUCGUCAACGCAUUUCACUUGGAUGCCAGAACCUGUACCCCCAGAGGAAAAACGGCGUCUGUCCAAGCCCAGGACUCCCGUUGUGCAAUGUGUGACGGGAUGGCGAGAGUUUCCUUUCGGCUUACGGAGGCGCGAGCGGAGGCGGGGCGUGGCGAGAGAGAAUGA